AUGAAGAAGGACGAACGAGAAACACUUAGAUUACGUGUCGUAAAUUUUUAUCAUGAUGCUGCAUGUGGUGAUUUGAAAACUACAUGGAAUUUUUUCAAAAGACAAGGUUAUUGUUAUUCAACUAUAUAUAGAAUUAUCCAAAGAUAUUUACAAUGUAAAACAACAAAAGAUUUACCAAGAUCUGGUCGUCCGCGAAAACUCAGCGACAAACAAAUGAAAACAAUGGCAUGUAAUUUGAAUAACAAGAGUGGUAUUAGUCAUCGAGCCUUAUCAAUACAUUAUGAUGUUCAUUAUAGAACAAUUGGUAGAAAUUUAAAACAACGAACAAAUAUUCGACCAAGAAAACGUAUAAAAGCACCGAAAUAUGUUAAAGAACAGGAAAAACGUGCACAAAAAAACUGUGGUUAUUUGUAUCGUCUAAUUCCAAAAAAUUGUUUCAUUAUUAUGGAUGAUGAGAAAUACUUCAGUUUAACUGGAGUUGAUAUACCUGGAAACGCAUGGUAUUAUACAAGUGAUCCAUCUACUGCACCAGCUAAUAUAAAGUAUAAACAACAUCAAAAAUUUGAACCCAAACUUUUGGUAUGGUUAGCAAUAUCUGCUAAAGGAUGUUCGAAGCCAUAUAUACACAAAAGCAAGACUGCUGUAACUGGUGAUGUUUAUUCAAAACAAUCAAAGGCCCAUUAUACACCACAAGUUUUACAUACAUUGCAAGAAAAAAAUAUACCUUUUGUAUCAAGGGAAAAAAAUCCUCCUAAUAUACCUCAAGUAAGACCAAUUGAAGACUUAUGGGGUAUACUGAAGCAAAAGGUGUACGCACAAAAUUAUGAAGCAAAAAGUCUCGAUCAACUUGCUCGUCGUAUAAGAGAAAAAAUCAAAGAACUUGAUAAAAGAAUGAUACAAGAUAUGAUGUUUGAUAUUCGUAGUAAACUUCGAAAAAUGUGGCGUGAAGGUGUUUUUUCAACUUGUCAUUAA